AUGAAAUUAACAGCGCAAAUUUGGAUUAAGCAGGAGCUGGAUGGUGAAGACGCAAGACUUGCGGAUUACUUCGACGUUAUUGCGGGAACAAGCACGGGUGGUCUCAUAACUGCGAUGUUGGCUGCCCCCAAUGAAAACAACCGUCCUCUCUUUGCAGCCAAGGACAUUAACCAUUUUUAUCUCCAGCAUGGCCCUAAGAUCUUCCCUCAAAAAGGGUACAUUAUUAGCAUUAUCUUUAGCUUCCAUUCAUGA